AUGCAACGAAUACUCGUAAUAGCAAUAGCAUGUCUUCUAGCAAAGACGUCCGGUACCGACACAAACUACAGACUGAACACUCCAAUAGUACCAAAAGCGUAUACAAUUAUCAUUACACCAUACUUUGAUACCGGUGACCGCAAUGCCUUUACGUUUGAUGGAGAGGUCAGCAUCACGCUCACCACGACAGCAGUGACAAAGCAAAUCAAGCUACACUCGGAAGAUCUGAAUUUUGUCGCUGACAAUGUAACUGUAAGUGGUGCCAGUGGAGAUAUAGCAUUAGCUAACACGGAACCGCUUAUCUUUGAUGCAAACUAUACCUUUGUUUAUAUUAAUUUGGCGUCGGAUUUACAAGUUGGGGUCGAGUAUACACUGACUAUUUCGUAUAGGGGACCCAUACGUGAGGACUUGAAUGGAUUUUACAGGAAUUAUUACUUUGAGAACGGCGUUAAAAAAUGGUUGGGCGCGACACAAAUGGAGCCUACACACGCAAGGAAGGCGUUCCCAUGUUUUGAUGAGCCUGGUCUUAAAGCCACUUUCACCCUGAUUGUUGACCGACCGCAAAACUACAAACCCUCCUUGGCUAACACUAAGCUGCAGACUACGGUGACCCUGUCAAAUGGUUACGUUAGGGAAGUAUUCUACCCUACUCCGAUAAUGCCUACUUAUUUAGUGGCUUUUAUGGUAUCUGAAUUUGACGCAGCCCUAGCCGACUCUACAAAUGGAAGAGAGUUUGCAAUCUACACCAGACCGGAAGCAGUUAACCAGAGCUCUUAUACAUUUGACUUCGGCACCAGAGUAGAGAAGGCUUUGAGUGAUUUUUAUGGUAUCGACUAUUACUCAGUCGACAGUAAUCUGAAGCUGGAUCAUGUGGCUCUGCCAGAUUUUAGGGCUGGUGCAAUGGAAAACUGGGGUUUGGUCAAAUACAGGGAAGCAUUGCUCCUAUAUGUGCCAGAGGAAUCUACCCCGUAUUACAAGUACAGAGUUGCUCAAAUCGUAGCUCAUGAAACCACGCAUAUGUGGUUUGGUAAUUUGGUAACGUGUCACUGGUGGAGCAAUACUUGGCUGAAUGAGGGCUUUGCCAAUUACUUCCAAGAUUACAUCACUGCGCUUAUUGAACCAGAAGUGGGCUCAGCUAAUCAACUGGUCAUAGGCUCAGUGUAUUCGGCCUACGGCGCUGAUAAUUCUCCGUCUUCGGCGCCCAUCACGAACAACGACGUGAAUUCACCAGCCGAAAUCAGCGGUCACUUCGGGACGAUCACGUAUCAGAAGGGCGGUUCCGUGAUCCGGAUGAUGCAUCAUUUCAUUGGCGACGUCGCUUUCAAAUACGCACUGCACGAGUAUUUGGACGUAAACCGAUUCGGUUCAGGAUAUCCAGAGUUGCUGUAUUCAGCUCUAGAGAACGGCGUUAAGAAUAACAACUCCUUAGCUUCCUACCCCGGAAUCAGCAUUACCGAUGUAAUGAAGACCUGGAUCACUCAAGCAGGCCAUCCUUUGCUUCACGUCCAUGUUAACUACACCGAUGACACUGUAACUCUAACUCAGAAAAGAUUCUACAUCAAUUCUUCGCACUCAUCGGAUGAAACGUACAGCAUCCCAAUAACUUACACGACCGGACAAUCACCUGAUUUCGAGAACACCAAACCAGUUUUCGUAAUGACGGGGAAGACACAUGAGUUCCAAAUUACAAACAUCAGCAAAACUCAUACUUGGGUAAUAUUCAACAUUCAGGAGACAGGUUUCUACAGAGUAACUUACGAUGAGCACACCUGGAAGCAUAUAGGUGGUGCUCUGAAAGGAUCCAGUCGAGAAAAAAUACAUCAUCUUAAUCGCGCUAAAAUAGUCAACGAUCUCUUCGAUCUAUAUUACGCUGAUGAGGUCAGCUUUAGUCUUCUAAUCGAAACCCUGGAAUUCUUAAAAGAAGAAACUGAAAAUGCAGUGUGGUUUGCAGCUAUCAAAGGCUUGAACAAACUAUGGAACAGUUACCUAGGUGAUUCCGCUCUGGAACACAUCGAGAGAUUAGCGCUGAAGUUUAUUGAUAAUGCUAUAACAACGAUUGGGUACGAAGUGAGGGCUACAGAUGAUUUCUCGACACUAACAAACCGACUGCAGUUGUUGGAAUUUGCAUGCAAAAUUGGUCAUCAGGGAUGUAUUGAAAAUACUGUGUCCGCAUUUAAGCGGUUUAAAGAUACUGGAGUUAGCGUUUCGCCAAGUUUAAGACCAGUCACCUACUGCAGUGGUCUUCGGUUCGGCGAUGCCUCCGACUACGAGUUUCUUUGGGAGCGAAUGUCAACGACCAAUGUGGCUAAUGAAGCCAGAGUCAUCUCUGGGGUGUUAGGCUGCAGCACAGAUGAAGGAAGUCUGAAGAAAUUCCUUUUCUCGGUUAAAGAAGAGAACAGUCCAAUAAGGACACAAGAUCUGACUGUUCCACUGACCGGCGUCUUGUCUAACCACAGUCAUAUAUACAUAGUAAUGGACAGCUUGAAGCAGAACUACAGCGCGUGGAGUUCCAUUCACACAUCAAUGGACACAAUUUUAAGCACUGUAGCAGCGGCUUUGCAUACAGACGAUGAUUUUACGGAUAUGGAAACCUGGCUCUCAAUUUGCACGGAAUGCACUGAACAAAGCAAAUUAAGUGCGAGAACUGCUUUGAGUGGCGCUCGGGCUGCCUCGGACUGGUCAAAGAAGCAUCGGGAAGAAAUAGUCAGCGCUUUGAAGAGCGGAUCUUCGGUGAACGCGCCAUCUCUGAUUCUUUUCAUUUUGAGCAUUGUAGUAGUAUUAUUUAAAUUUUAA